GUGACACAAUGCAAUGAUGUUCAGUAUCAAACUCAAGUUCGGGAGGUUCAUCCUGGGGACACAGUGACUCUCUACUGUGUUUUUUCAAAUGAAGAUAUCAAUAUGUUCUGGUACAAACAAAUGGUGGGGCAAAAGCCUCAAAGUAUUGUAACAAUGACAAAAUAUGAUAUGCCUGUAUGGCACAAGGACUUUAACCAUUCACGUUCCAAUGUGGAGAAGGCUGAUGCUGACGGGAUGUAUCGACUUGCUAUUACAAACAUGGACCCAACAGAUGAAGCCGUGUACUAUUGUGCAGUGAGAACAGCCUAUGAAGUCAACUUUAUCAAUGGGACUCUUUUACUAUUGAAAGGUAAUCAUAGUACCUAAAUACUAUUAACAUGAGUACAUUUCCAUGUUAUUCAAACAGCUCCCUUUGUACCCCCUUUGUGUUAAUUGUUUGAAUGCCAAUAGUAGCAUGCACAUUAGUGUUAUCAGAAAAACCCUUAUUAAUGUAUUCAAUUAGCUGACAAAAUGUAAUGCUUAGAAUCUUUGUGAAGCAUGUGAUAUGAAAACAUAUAUACCAUUUAGGUAAUAAUCUUCAGAGGUCACACUACCUUACUGUAGUGCAGAGGCCAGUGUCUGACCCAGUCCAUCCAGGAGACUCUGUGACUCUGCAGUGUACAGUACUCUCUGAGACCUGUACAGGAGAACACAGUGUGUACUGGUUCAGAGCCGGAUCAGGGGAAUCCCAUCCAGGAGUCAUUUACACCCCUGGGAACAGGAGUGAUGAGUGUGAGAAGAGCCCUGAGACUCCCUCUCCUACAAAGAGCUGUGUCUACAGCCUCUCCAAGAACAACCUCAGUCUCUCUGAUUCUGGGACUUACUACUGUGCUGUGGCCACAUGUGGGGAGAUCCUGUUGGGCAACGGAACAAACCUGAAUAUUGGUAGGUAGUAUAUAUUUAUAUAUCUAAAAUCUACAACAUUCUUAACAACUGAAGCCAUGAUUAAAGGUUGAAUAGCAUCAGUUCUUAAAGUUGUAAACUUAAUAAACUUUAUUUUACAUAAGUAUGAAUGCCAAAACUAUGAUUUUGUUUGACAUUUCUAGUAAAAGCAACAGAUCCUGUAAUCAUUGCUCUGGGAGUGACCUCGGCUGUCUGUGUGAUUGGGAUCAUUAUCCUCAUCUGCACCAGACAUACUAGACCAGUUUGUGAACAUUGUAAAGGUGAGCUGCUUAAUGUUGCAAAUUGUUGAGGAGUAUCUAAAAUUGUUCGGUACAUUUCCCUUUGCGAGUCUUUAGUCAUUUUUAUGCUUUGUUUUUAUCCAUGGAAACAGUGGGUGCUUCUCAGCAUAUCGGGCACGACAACUCAACUAGAGAAUCAAGCAGCCAGGUAAACACAGCAAAGUUGUCUAAUCAAUAUUGUCCAGAAAUGUAACAUGGCAUAACUUUUGUAAUGAGAUAUUUCCUAGAUUGAUUACUACUCCACCUUGUAUUAUUAUUUUAGGACUACGGAUCCCGUUAGGGUUUAAUAUUGUAAAACAGUUUGAUGAAAAUAUGAUUCUUCACAGGAUCAAGAUGGAGUUACGUUGAAUUAUGCUGCAUUGAAUUUCUCUGAGAGGAAAACUAAAAGAGGAGGAAAGAAGAGAGAGUCACCACAGGAGAGUGUGUACUCUGAUGUCAGGUGCUCAGACUGGGAGUGAACUACAGUACAGAGGAAUACAUUUUGGUCAAUCAACUAUUUUUUAAUUGCUACUUUAUACUGUAAUUGUCAAGACAAACAAGCAACACUCUUUUUGUAUCAUAGGGCAACAGUGUUUUUCUAAUCUCUGCAACCAGAACCAAAUCUUGUGAGUAAAGGAACCAGGACUCAUCCUCUAUCCUGUAUUUUAUUGUUCAUGUUUUCAAGUAAUUCAAAUAUUAAUCCCAAUUGUUGUUGUAAUGUUAAAUGAACCUUGUGAUUUUUUUUUUUUUUUUUUAUCUACUAUACUUUGUAUAGUAUCAUUGCAUACCACAGCAUUUCUUGAGUUCAAAUUGGAAUGUAUUAAUCUGUUUAUGUACAGUAUAUUUUGCUUUAUUACAUUACAAAAUGUACCAUUACAUAUUAAAACACAUUUCACCAAUAAAUGAUUGUUUCCAUGUGACCCAGUGCAGUCUCUCAAAGUUGCAUGAAUAAUGUCAUAAUGAAAAACCUCCAUAGCCCGUACCGCUUCCUGGAGGUCAUCUGGGCACCCUUUCCACCCAUGUAUAUCCAACACUCCCUCUUACAAUUCAUGCAAGAUAACCACACUGCAGUUUCACAUAUACCCUGUUCACUUUGCUAAACUGAGCUGUACUGCACUUCCCUAGUUGCCUGGCAAGCAUAAAGAUGUAGGAUCUUAAUUUGAUCACACUGUUGCAUGAGAACGUUCCUGCAAGCAGGACAUUUUAACUUCAAAUCAAAUUGUAUUUGUCACAUGCUUUGUAAACAACAGGUGUAGACUAACAGUGAAAUGCUUACUUACGGGCCAUUCCCAAAUAUGAAACAUUUAAAAAAUAAUAUGCUCUCAAUGGUGCAGCUGUAGAACUAAUUGAGGAUCUGAGGCCCCAUGCCAAAUCUUUUCAGCCUCCUGAGGGGGAAGAGGCGUUGUCGUGCCUUCUUCACAACUACAUUGGUGUGUGUGGACCAUGUUAAUUCCUUAGUGAUGUGGACACAGAGGAACAUGAAGCUCUCGACCCGCUCCACUACAGCCCUGACGAUAUGGAUGGGGGAGUGCUCGGCCAUCCGUUUCCUGUAGUCCACGAUCAGCUCCUUUGUCUUGCUGACGUUGACGGAAAGGUUGUUGUCCUGGCACCCCACUGCCAGGUCUCUGACCUUCUCCUUAUAGGCUGCGUCAUCAUCGUCGGUGAUCAGAACUACCACCAUCGUGUCGUCAGCAAACUUGAUGAUGGUGUUGGAGUCGUGAGUGGCCACGCAGUCGUGGGUGAACAGGGAGCACAGGAGGGGACUAAGCAUGCACCCCUGUGGGGCCCCCGUGUUGAGGGUCAGUGUUGCGGAGGAGAUGUUACCUACCCUCACCAGCUGGGGUCGGCCAGUCAGGAAGUCCAGGAUCCAGUUGCAAAGGGAGAUGUUCAGUCCCAGGGUUCUAAGCUAGGGCGUCCCUAUGGCUCUCCACCUCCCACUUUUCUGUGCGAGGGCUUUUGCCUCUUGCCAGGUCCUCCCUGCUUUACUCAGUUCCUGUAGAGUGGAGCGUCUCCAGUUGGUUUUGGCCUUCUCUGCUUUCUUUUUCCUUGUGGGUUGUAGCCAAGCACUUGUCUUGUUUUGUGUAUUGUGUCUUUCCUGAGUGAUCCUGCGUGAUCUCCAUUUUCUUCUCCUCAGACUGAUGAUGACCUGGCCCUAAAGCAGCUAAAACAGCUAUUCCUUGACCCUAAAGGCCUGGAUUAGAAUAGCGCUGUCCUAUGCCAUCCUGUUUGUAGGGUAGGAUCUCUGUAACAUGUGUACCAACACUGUACGUACACUCCACCUGCCUAUGUAACCACCAGGUUAAUACAUAGGUAUCAUUGGUAGACAAUUACCUUUAACUAGGUGUAAUAUCUGACAAAGGAUUACAUUAUGGUUGGUGUUGUGCCAUCAUGGUUAUUAUAUUACCUGGACAAUAAAGGUACAAUGAGCUCAGAACGUUGUGAACUUUUGGUUGGCUAUUCCCCUUCACAAAACUAUUGGCAGUGACUGACUUUGGCAUGACAUUGUUAUUCUAUCUUCUAUUCUUUUGUCCAAGCAUCUUUUGAUUUGGCGCCAUCCAGUGGCUGUUUUGUAUAGUUGCAGCUAGCGUGUACUAUCCUGUGCUACUUCUUUGUUGGUGGUAAAACAGGAAAUAGAAAAUUAUGCAGUUCAGCCUCAUUGUUGGAAAAGAGCGACAUAAUACUGCUGUUUAUCUUCUGCCAUCCUUCUUGUUAAGCCUUCGUAAAGCACUGCCUGUAAGUACAAAUAAUUUGAUAAUUUAUGUUCAUCUUUUAGUAUUGUAAGUAUUUUCUGCAGGUCAUGUUUUAAUUCUGAGUUUUGAAAGUAAAUCGAUUACAUGUAUUCCCUCGCUAGCCUAGCCUGCCUGUUAAGUGCAGUUUUGCAGCUAGCUUCUCUCUGCAUGUGAUUUCUCUUUACACUUAAGUUAGCUUACAUGUUACUUAGAUACUAAUCCUGUUAGAACAGUAUUCAAUCAGGAUACGAACGUUUUCUAUGUACAGUGUUGGUCAAGUAUUGUACUGUUCACUAUGCGACGAUGAAUCAUCGGUUAGACUCUGUUGUGCAUUUAUAUUGCCUUUUAGUCUGGGCUGCUCCAAUCAUUUCAUUUUUCUGUAUAGUUACAGUUUUACACAGUUUCAACUAUAAAACUGGAGGUUUAUAGAAAGCCUAUCCCUGACUCUGGUUCAGUUCUUGAUUGGAGUUUGGCUGGCUGUCAAAUUAUGGUUGCAUACACCUUAAGGAGGACAGUACAGUAAAAAGGCAAGCGACCAGUUGGCACAACUACUACGGCAGUGGAUCCAUGCACAGUAAAACAGAACCUGCAUCAUGGAAGCUAAAGGAAAACAAGACAACCAGACAACCAAGACAACCAGCCAGCUUAGUGCUAGCUGUGCCACUAGAGAUCCUGGUUCGAGUCCAGGCUCUGUCGCAGCCGGCCGCGACCGGGAGACCCAUGGGCGGCGCACAAUUGUUCCAGCGUCGUCCAAGGUAGGGGAGGGUUUGGCCGGCAGGGAUGUGGGUUUGUUUCCCACGGGGGGGCAGUAUGAUUAUUUUAUUUUUUUAAAUACAAAAAAUUAAAUAAAAUUAAUUAAUUAAUUGCAUUCACUAACUGUAAGUCGCUCUGGAUAAGAGCGUCUGCUAAAUGACCUAAAUGUAAAUGUUCCCAGGUCAGUUCCAGAACGGGAUCGUCAAGAUCAUCAGUUGCUGCAGCUACUAGUGCCCGUGCCAGGGCAGAGGAAGCACGCACCCGCGCAUCAUUCGCCGACAGAGAAGCGUGGAUCAAGGUAGAAAAAGCUCAAUUUGAAGCGGAGUUAGAUGCAUUAAACCUUCAUAGAGAGGCAGCCGAAGCACUGGCUCAGGCGGAGAUCUGGGAGGCAGCGAUACAGCUACAGGAUGAGGGACGAACAGGCAAAUACGUCAGGGAGCAGGCUAAGCUACAUACUAGCCGUCCUUCCUUCCCAAGCCUAGAACCAGCAUACGAUGACAGUAGGUCGCCUCCCAAUCCUGAUGACAUGCUAGCCACUUGGAAGACCCCAGGUUACGGCAACCCACUCACUCACUCUGAAGAGUGACACAACUCAAUGCUCACAGAGAGACACUCACCACAACAAUACAGGAAUUUCUGCUGCUAAGGCAUCACAACUCAAAAGAGAACAUGGCCAUACAUUUACACAUGCUCUUAUCCAGAGCGACUUACAGUUAGUGAGUGCAUACAUUAUUUUUUUCAUACUGGCCCCCCCGUGGGUAUCGAACCCACAACCCUGGCGUUGCAAACGCCAUGCUCUACCAACUGAGCUACAUCCCUGCCGGCCAUUCCCUCCCCUACCCUGGGCCAAUUGUGAACCGCCCCAUGGGUCUCCCGGUCGCGGCCGGCUACGACAGAGCCUGGAUUCGAACCAGGAUCUCUAGUGGCACAGCUAGCACUGCGAUGCAGUGCCUUAGACCACUGCGCCACUCGGGAGCUAGCUCAGCCCUACACCCCUCAGCAACACACAGCUCUAGGAGACCAGAGUCAAGCUCCUAACAUGAUAGACUUUGCCAAAUAUCUAGCACGUCGUGAGUUGAAACACACAUGACUCACACAGUUCAACGACAAGCCUGAGAGCUUUAGGGCAUUGCAGUCCUCAUUCAACAAUGCUACCAAGGACCUGGACCUCACCGCUAGCGAGGAGCUGGAUCUGCUAACAAAAUGCCUGGGUAAGGAGUCGUCACAACAUGUAAAGAGGGUCCGCUCAGUGCACGUCAACGACCCAAGUGCAGCCCUGAAAAGGGCCUGGGACAGACUGAAGCAGUGUUAUGGCUCAUCAGUAGUCAUAGAAAUGUCACUCUUCAAGAAGUUGGACAGCUUCUCCAGAAUCUCUAGCAAAUAAUAUUCCAAGCUAAUGGAACUUGUAGAUCUCCUGAUGGAAGUUCAGUCUGCAAAAGAAGAUGGAGACUUACUUGCUCUAACUUACCUGGACACCGUCCGUGGUAUCAGCCCCAUAGUAGAAAAACUGUCCCACGGCCUUCAGGAAAGAUGGAUUUCCAAUGGUUCAAGGUAUAAAAAGAAAAAAGCCAGUGCUUUCCUCCAUUCUCCUUCACAAAGUUCAUAUGCGAUGAAGCAAGAACUAGAAACGACCCGAGCUUUGCCCUUUCUAAUAGUGGCGGCAGUGGACCUGCGAGAAGUGAGUACCCAGCCAUGAGGAACAUGAGAACCCCUAUAUCUGUACACAAAAUGGACGUCGCCACCGCAGCUGACCCCAACACAGUAACCACAGAAAAUAAAGAAGAUUGCCCCAUCCACAACAAACCACAUCCGCUCAGAAAAUGCAGAGGCUUCAGAGCCAAAACCAUCGACGAGAACAAGACCUUUCUCAAAGAGAAGAAGAAUAUGCUUCAAGUGCUGUACUUCAUCCUACCAUCUGGCAAAAGACUGCACCAUAGCAUUGAAAUGUGAAGAGUGUGAAAGCGAAAGGCACAGCAAUGCAUCCAAGCCCUGCCCCCUGGACCAAACAGCCCCCCAGCUCUAUGUCAGAGAACGGCGGGGAGGGGGAAGGAAACCCUACCACUGCACCCGCAAUCAGCUCCCAAUGUACUGAGGUAUGUGGUAAGGGUGUUACAGCCCGUUCAUGCUCAAAGAUUUGCCUAGUGAGAGUAUACCCCAAGGGGCAGCGUGAAAGUGCUGUCAAACUUUAUGCUAUACAAGACGACCAGAGCAACCGCUCAUUGGCAAGAUCAGACUUCUUCAAUCUGUUCAGUAUUCAGGGCAACCCGUCUCCCUACUCUCUGAAGACCUGUGCAGGCCACCUCUCCCGAACAACCGCAUGCAGGCGCUCACCCGUCUCACCUCUCUACGCCGUAGCCUGGACAAGAAGCCUGAGAUGAAAGAGCAGUUUGUCACCUUCAUGGAGAAGAUAUUCGUAAACAACAAUGCAGAACCAGCACCCCCACUGAAGGACGGAGAAGAGUGUUGGUACCUCCCGACCUUCGGGGUCUACCAUCCACAAAAGCCGGGUCAGAUCAGGGUAUUGUCUCUCCCUCAACAACGUGCUGCUCACAGGCCCAGACCUAAACAACAGUCUUCUGGGAGUUCUCAUUAGCUUCUGGAAAUAACCUGUAGCAAUAACGGCAGAUAUCCAACAGAUGUUUCAUUGUUUCGUUGUGAGAGAAGAUCACAGAAACUACCUGAGAUUCUUAUGGUACAGAGACAAUGACAUCACAAAAGACAUCAUUGAGUACAGGAUGAAGGUCCAUGUCUUUGGCAACAGCCAUCUACGGGCUCAGGCGAGCCGCUCAAGAAGGUGAGCAAGACCACGGAGCAGACACUCGACAGUUCGUGGAGAGACAUUUCUAUGUGGAUGAUGGGCACAAGACACAGAGGCCAUCGACCUGCUAUGGAGAACACAAGCAUCACUCGCUGAGUCAAACAUACAACUGCACAAGAUUGCAUCAAACAGUGCGACUGUGAUGGAGGCAUUUCCCCCAGAAGACCAUGCCAAGCGCGUAAAAGAUUCAGGCCUCGGAGGAGAAACUACACCAAUGACGCAGUCUUGGUUUAUGCUGGGAAAUAACAACAGACACCAUCACCUUCGGAGUAUCAGUCAGCAGCAAACCAUUCACACGACGUGGAGUCCUGUCAACGGGUAACAGCCUCUUCGACCCUCUCGGCCUGGUAGCUCCAGUAACCAUACAGGGCAGAGCCAUACUGCGGGAACUCUCCUCAGACACUUGUGAUUGGGAUUCACCACUCCCCGAAGAAAAGCUGAAAGAAUGGGAAGCAUGGAGGGACUCACUACAGGAUCUGAAGCAGCUCCAUAUCCCACGCACCUACACUAAGAACUCACUCUCAAAGACAAAACGCACAGAGCUAUGUGUGUUUUCAGAUGCUUUCAAAAAAGCCAUCGGUCCAGAGGCAUACAUCAGAGCCACUGAUGAAGAUGGACAAAGUGAAGUGGGCUUUGUUUUGGAAAAAGCCAAGUUAACCCCUCAAUCUGAGCCUACCAUAAACCGCCUCGAACUAUCUGGAGCAGUGUUGGCAGUAGAAAUGGCAGACCUCGGGCCUCCCGAGUGGCGCAGCGGUCUAAGGCAUUGCAUCGCAGUGCUAGAGGCGUCACUACAGACCCGGCUUCGAUCCCGGGCUGUAUCACAACUGGCUGUGAUCGGGAGUCCCAUAGGGCGGCGCACAAUUGGCCCAGCAUCGUCCGGGUUAGGGGAGGGUUUUGCCCGGGCGGGCUUUACUUGGCUCAUCGUGCUGUAGUGACUCCUUGUGGUGGGCCGGGCGCCUGCAGGCUGACCUCGGUUGUCAGUUGAACAGUGUUUCCUCCGACAUAUUGGUGCGGCUGGCUUCCGGGUUAAGCGGGCAGGUGUUAAGAAGCACGGUUUGGCGGGUCAUGUUUCGGAGGACGCAUGACUCGACCUUCGCCUCCUGAGCCCGUUGGGGAGUUGCAGCGAUGAGACAAGAUCGAAAUUGGGGAGAAAAGAAAGGGGUUAAAAUACAAAAGAAAAUAUAUAUAUAUAAAUAAAAUAAAUGGCAGAGCUCACCCUAGACGAAAUAGACUAACUUCUACUGUGACAAUAAAGUAGUCUUGGGAUACAUAUACAAUGAGACUGAACGCUUCUACGUGUAUAUGCACAACAGAGUCCAACGCAUCCGUCAAUCAAUACGCCAGGAGCAGUGGAACUACGUGCCCACAGAACACAAUCCCACCGGCCACGCCUCAAGCUCGGUUCCCGCUUCCCAGCUCACCAGUACAUCAUGGUUCACGGGACCAGCGUUCCUGUACAAACCUAACCAAGCUCACCCAGAGAUGCAAGUUCUCUUAGAGCUGGUCAGUCCAGACUUGUAUGGUGAAAUCCGCCCCCAGGUGACAAGCUACAUCACUCAAGUCAAAGACAAACCACUUACCUCAGAGCGCUUCGAGCGCUUCUCCACCUGGAAAUCCCUACUGAGAGUUGUCACAUUCCUCAUCCAUGUUGUUCGCUCUCUCAAGCCAGACCCGACGGGCCAGCCGAAUGAAUGCAGAGGUUGGCAUCAUUGCAACAAACUCUGCACCCCAGCAGAGCUGUCUCAAGCCAAGAAUAUAAUCAGCAGGUCAGUUCAAAGAGAAGCCUACCCUGAGGUGUUCACUGCACACAAAGAGAAAAUAAACAUUUCUAAGAGCAGUUCACUUUCAAAGCUGAACCCCAUUUCGGAUGAAGGUCUCGUCAAAAUAGGAGGCCAUCUAAAACAUGCAUGGCUGGACAGUGGAGAGAAGAAUCCACUUAUCCUACCAAGACACAGCUACAUUUCCACACGGUACUACCACAAGCAGGUGAAACACCAAGGCCGCCAUCAGAGCAGCAGGCCUGUGGAUUGUCGGGGGUAAGAAGCUCAUCAGCUCUGUCUGACACAAGUGCGUCACAUGCUGGUAGCUCCGCGGGAAACAGGAUGAACAGAAAAUGGCAGACCUGCCACCCGAACGACUCAGCACAUCCCCUCCCUUCACGUAUGUGGGCUUGGAUGUCUUUGGCCUUUGGACAGUCACUGCUCGCCGUACCAGAGGAGGUCAAGCUCAAAGCAAACGCUGGGCAGUGCUUUUCACCUGCACGAGCACUCAGGCAGUGCACAUCAAAGUCAUAGAGUCCAUGGACACCUCCAGCUGCAUCAAUGCCCUCAGGAGGUUCUUUGCCAUCCAUGGACCAGCAAAACAGCUAAGAUCAGAUUGUGGAACAAACUUAAUAGGAGCCUGUAAGGAGUUGGAACUGGGAAAGGAGCAGAGUCAGAGGCCUAGUGUCCAGAGCUACCAAGCGAACAAGGUUACACAUGGGAAUUCAACCCUCCUCACUCUUCACACAUGGGAGGUGCCUGGUCUCGCUGGAGCCAUGAGUACCUCCCCACCUUGCAAAGCUGAUGAAAGUGGACUGAAGCACACCGCAACCUACAAGAGGGAUAUCUCAUGCUCUUAAAAGACAAUCAAGUCACCCGCAACGAAUGACCUAUGAAACUGGUCACUUCCACCUUCACCAGCAGUGACAGUAAGGUGCGUAAAGUGGAACUCAAGAUUACUGCUGAGGGGACCACUAAGAAGUUCCUGAGACCCGUCUCAGAGGUCAUACUCCUUUUAGCCAAAGAUGACUGAGGGUUUGCUAGUCUUUGAGGUAUGUGUGUAACGUUAAUUAAUAGUGGCCUCUUUCAGACGCCAGACGGGAGUAUUCUGCCUUCUAUUCUUUUGGCCAAGCGCCAUUUUGAGUUGGCGCCGUCCAGUGGCUGUUUUGUGUAGUCGCAGCUUGCGUGUACUAUGCUGUGCUGCUUCUUUGUUGGUGGUAAAACAGGAAAUAGAAAAUAAUGCAGUUCAGCCUCAUUGUUGGAAAAGAGUGAUGUAAUACUGCUGUUUAUCUUCAGCCAUCCUUCUUGUUAAGCCUUCGUAAAGCACUGCCUGUAAUUACAAAUAAUUUCAAAGAUGUUUAUCUUUUAGUAUUGUAAGUAUUUUCUGCAGGUCAUGUUUUAGUUCUGAGUUAAGUAAAUCGAUUACAUGUAUUCCCUCGCUAGUCUAGCCUGCCUGUUAAGUGCUGUUUUGCAGGUAGCUUCUCUCUAUGUGUGAUUUCUCUUCACACUUAACUUAUCUUACAUGUUAUUUAGAUACUAAUCCUGUUUGAACAAUAUUCAAGCAGGAUACGUACGUUUUCUAUAAACAGUGUUGGCCAAUUAUUGUAUUGUUCACUAUGCGAUUAUGAAACAUUGGUUAGACUCUGUUGUGCAUUUAUAUUGCCUUUUAGUCUGAGCUGCUCCAAUAAUUUCAUUUUUCUGUAUUGUUACAGUUUUACACCGUUUCAACUAUAAAACUGGAGGUUUAUGGAAAGCCAAUCCCUGACUCUGGUUCAAUUCUUGAUUUGAGUUUGGCUGGCUGUCAAAUUAUGGUUGAAUGCACCUUAAGGAGGACAGUACAAUUAUCGAAAAGCUGUACAAAUAGCAAUGAAGCCUAUUUGACAUUACCAUCUUGUAAAGCACUUCAGGAAAGAGUUGCAGGCCUCUAUAUAAUAGAUACAUUGAAAAGUACAGCAACUUUAGCAAAUAACAGAAUAGUGGCCUAAAUGAAUAACUGCAGGUGUUUGGGUAACCAAAAACACUGUUGCUAGUUCGGAAAUGUAACAGGAAGUAUUGUGUUUUUUACACCAGCCUAUCAGGUAGGUCUUUGACUUCAGACCUGCAUAUUAGUACAUACUUAUUUCAAGCAUUUAUCCAACGGUCAGAGGACUAACCUGAAGUCGGAGCUACACACCAAGAUGAUCCGGAUCUGGGUUGUUGGGGUAUUAUUCAGUACAAUAUGUAAGUUUUGCAAUUCAUACCUUGACCAUUCUGUUCAGUUCACAAUGUAAGAAUUUGAGGGGGAAAUGGUCUUUAUGGGGUUUCUGAUGCUGCUGAGCUUCCUUCAGGCCUAGUUCCUCUGAUUUAACCUUUCAAUCUGUUAUGCAUUUUUAGAUGUGACACAAUGCAACAAUGUCCAGCGGCAUAUUCAAGUUCAGGGGGUUCAAAUUGGUGACUCUGUGACUCUCUACUGUGUUUUCUCAAAGCAAGUAUUCAAUGAGGGAAACAUGUUCUGGUUUAAGCAAAUAAUGGGGCAAAUUCCUCAAGUUGGUGCAAGCAUGCAGAAAUAUGAGUUGAAGCCUAUAUUGUACAAGGAAUUUAACAAUUCAAAUCUCAUUGUGGAGAAAGCUGAAGCUGACGGGACAUAUCGUCUCACAAUCCCAAAGAUGGAACCAAUGGAUGAAGCUGUUUACUAUUGUGCAAGUAGGACAGAUUAUGAAGUCAACUUUAUCAAUGGGACCUUUUUAGUAUUAAAAGGUAAUGAGAAAAUAUUAAUGCCCUUUAUUUUUUGUUCAGUGUUCUUACAUCUUCAUAUGUUUUCUAUGUGUCUGUAUGAUUUUAUAGAUUCAUUGUUUCAGAUUGAUUUAUAUGAAACCAUAAAUGUACCAUUUAGGAAAGAAUCACCAGAGGUCUGAUUACAAGACUGUGGUACAGCAGCCAAUGUCUGACCCAUUCCACUCAGGAGAAAAUGUGACUCUGCAGUGUACAGUGCUCUCUGAGACCUGUACAGCAGAGCACAGUGUGUACUGGUUCAGAGCAGGAUCAGGAGAAUCCCAUCCAGGAGUCAUUUACACCCCUGGGAACAGGAGUGAUGAGUGUGAGAAGAGCCCUGAGACUCCCUCUCCUAAAAAGAGCUGUGUCUACAACCUCUCCAAGAACAACCUCAGUCUCUCUGAUGCUGGGACUUACUACUGUGCUGUGGCCACAUGUGGGGAGAUCCUGUUGGGCAAUGGAACAAAAUUGGACAUUGCCACUAACAAGAAAUGGAACGAGUCAGGUAGAAUCAGUUUAAUUGAAGUGUACAGAUGUAUGAUCUUAAUUUGAGCCAGUUUGCUACAGAAGGAAAAUAAUCCUGCAGCAACAGGAACUGUGGUUUAUUAUGUGGAUUAUAAUUAAUGGACAUUUUUGUAGGGGUUGAUACAUUUGUAGAUAGGGCAAAUAAGUCUGAAAUUACAAACUUUAGAAGCCUUUAUAAAACUCAAAUGCACAACAAGUUCUCAGCAACAUAAGAGUGAUCAAAUUAAGAUCUUACAUCUGUAGGCCUAAUGUUUUAAAGUACAUCAUUCUUUUAUAGUGCCAAUAUAUUAACCUACAUUUGGCAAUCUAUCUUUUUUUGGGGGGGGUAAAAAUUAUGAUAGAUACUUCAUGACAUUCAUUUUUAUUUUUGUUGCAGAAAGCGCUCUGGUAGUGGUUGUUGUAGGUUUGGCAGUGGCGUUGGUGUUGUGUGGGAUUGGGAUCAUCUUCCUUGCCUGCACCAGAAGUAAAGAGCAAGUCUGUGAAAAUUGCAAAGGUAAGCAAUACAAUUAUGAAAAUAUGCUAGAUAACUUUUGCUACCCUGAAGUUACAGUAGUUUUGAAUUGGUAUGGACAUUUAUCUUGUCUUUCGUCCCUGUCUGAUGAAAACCUUGUAACUCCAUUUUUGCCAAUGUCAUGUUUUUUACAUUUAUUGAAACAUGGUCAUUUUUCCCAUUUCCUGAAAAGUUUGUUUUGGAGAUGAUACAUUUUCAUCAGACAGCGACACUUAGUUUGAUUUAAUUGUUGUUUUCUAUUGAAGCAGUAGGUGCCUGUCGAGAAGGCAGACAUUACGGAUUAAGGGGAGAACAGGUAUAUUUUCAUUGUGAAAUGGUUCAAUUCCAAUUAUAGGCUGAAAUUCCUCAAUGACUCUACUGUAUAGCUCAUGAUAACCCUUGAAAACUACUCUGUGAUUAAAAAUAAGCCAGUAAUUAUAUAUUUUCCAACCAAUAUGUGGCCAACUGUCUCAUAGAAACAUUUUGUAUUUCUGUGAACAUAACCUUUAAUGGUUUGAAAAUGUAAUAUGAACAGCAUGUAACUGAGAAGUAUUUAUGUGCAAUAAUCAUGGUGUUACUAUGUUUCUAAAAUAUGUUCCUCCUUAGGAUCAAGAUGGAAAUAUGUUGAAUUAUGCUGCAUUGAAUUUCUCUGAGAGGAAAACUAAAAGAGGAAGAAAGAAGAGAGAGACACCACAGGAGAGUGUGUACUCUGAUGUCAGGUGCUCAGACUGGGAC